AUGUCGAUAACAAACCUUUCCACCUCAACUGAUUCACGAUUAUAUAUUGGGAAUCUAGCUCCAGCCGUAGAUGAAUUUGCCCUCGUUGCUCUGUUUUCAAAGUUUGGAAAGAUUUCAAAACUAGAUUUUCUCUUUCACAAAUCAGGUAUACUCCGAGGAAAACCACGAGGCUAUGCAUUCAUCGAGAUGAGUAGGAAAGAUGAAGCCCUGAAGGCCAUGGUUGAAUUGAAUAAUAAACCUCUUCGCGGUAAACGUAUCCUGGUGACUCCUGCAAACGAGUCUGGUCAUGAUGGUAGGCACAAUGGUCAGAAUGGAAGAGGCUCAACUUUUGACCCGACGAGACCUACUACACUGUCACUCUUGAAAUCACAACAGCAACCUAAAGGAGUCAACAAUAAGAUAGCCGCUUUGGAAGCCAAGCUAGCUUCAAUGCAACAGACCAAG